AUGAUGCACAUCACCCUAACAGUAACCCUGCUCUUCGCGCUGGCUCUCUUUUCCACGGCAACACCCAUCCCAGGCCGCCACCACAAACACAAUAUAACCCUGACAGAAUCUCAAGUGCUGGAUAUCUCACCGAAGGCAAAUACAUGUGACGAUGCCCCAGCCGAGGGCGAGUGCGCCACAGCCAAAACAGCUGCUCAGUUCACAUCUUCGUCAUUCAACACAUACCAGGUCACUUCGAAGGCGGAACAAGCCGCUAUCAUCAGCUUGAUAGCGUUUGAAAGUGGCGAUUUUAAGUACAACAAAAACCAUUUCCCUGGCGUUGCAGGACAAGGCACUCGCAACAUGCAAUCACCAUCCUUUAAUAAGAUCUAUGCCUCUUCCAUCCCAGCAUUGAAAGACAAACUAGCUGCUGUUUCUGAUAGCCCGGCCGAUCUACUAGAUCUGCUUCGCGAUGAUGAAACAUAUGACUUUGGCUCUGGUGCCUGGUUCUUGACAACUCAAUGCUCCAGUGAUGUGCGCCAGUCACUUCAAACUGGUUCAGAGGCUGGGUGGGAGAAGUAUAUUACUCAAUGCAUUGGUACUUUUGUUACCGAUGAUCGGAAGGCUUAUUGGAAUCGGGCUAUAUCGACACUUGGCGUCCAAAGUUCCUGA